AUGGUUUAUAACAAAGCAUUACAUAUAUUUUUUCUCUAUUGGGUUCUAUUUAUAAGGAUAUUAGGGGCUAGUGGAAGUAGGGAUUAUGAUAAUAGGCAUUACUAUGUUUUUCAUUUUUCAAAAAAAGUGGAUCUUAAGGCUUUUUCAGAUGAUUUAGGGUUUAAAUAUGAAAAAGCAUUAGAGAAUCUAGAAGAUCAUUAUUUAUUUUCAAUAUCUAAGGAGUUUUUAGAAGAGGAAGUUGAAAGAAAAGUAUCAGAAUAUUUUUCUGGUUCGGAAGAUGGAAUAGUAGAAUCAUUUGAAGACAAAGUUCUUUUUUAUCAGAAACAGCACUUGAAAAGACGUUAUAGGAAAACGCCGCCUGUAAAUUAUGAGGAUUCUCUAGAUACAGGUCAUGUUCCAGUUAGGGUAGCUGAGUUGGAACAAAUUAAACAGACUUUAGAUAUAAAAGAUCCGAUUUUUGGUGAUCAAUGGCACUUAUAUAAUCUUAAGGAUAAAUUUAAUGAUAUAAAUGUGACUAGUGUUUGGAAGCAAGGGAUUACGGGAAAGAAUGUAACCGUUGCUAUUAUAGAUGAUGGGUUGGAUAUGACUAGUGAAGACUUAAAAGAUAAUUAUUAUCCUGAAGGCUCUUAUGACUUUAAUGAUCACAACCCUGUUCCAAUGCCUAAACUUCCUGAAGAUACGCAUGGGACUAGAUGUGCUGGUGAAGUAGCUGCCGUUCGAAAUACUGUUUGUGGAAUCGGUGUUGCAUAUGAAUCCAAAGUUUCUGGUUUGCGAAUAUUAUCCGGGCCUAUAACAGAUCUUGAUGAAGCAGAAUCGCUUAAUUAUGAUUUCCAUAAAAAUCAUAUUUAUUCCUGUAGUUGGGGACCUGACGAUGAUGGAAAAACUGUUGAUGGGCCUUCUUCUCUUGUUCUUAGAGCACUUAUUAAUGGAGUAAAUAAUGGAAGGAAUGGGUUGGGUUCUAUCUAUGUUUUUGCAUCAGGAAAUGGUGGAAUAUAUGAAGAUAACUGUAAUUUCGAUGGAUAUGCAAAUAGUGUGUUUACCAUUACUAUUGGUGGCAUAGAUAAACAUGGAAAGCGUCUUAAAUAUUCUGAAGCGUGUUCUUCUCAGCUAGCUGUUACAUAUGCAGGUGGAAGUGCGGGAUAUAUUUAUACUACUGAUGUUGGUACAAAUAAAUGUACGAGUAGACAUGGUGGUACCUCUGCUGCUGCACCUCUUGCUGCUGGUAUUCUUGCUUUGGUUCUUUCUGUACGACCUAAACUUACAUGGCGCGAUUUGCAAGCUCUGAUAAGGAUAAGUGCUGUUCCGGUUAACCUUCACGAAUAUGGAUGGGAAAAAACGCAUUCUGGGCUUUUAUUUCAUGAUUUUUAUGGUUAUGGAAAAUUAGAUGCAUCUCUGAUAAUUGAAAAUGCUAAAAAAUUUAAACAUUUGAAGCCUCAAGCAAGAUUUUCAUCUCGUAAAGAAACUGUUAAUAAAAUAUUUUCUAAAAAUAAUGGGACUAUUACAAGUAAAAUUUUGAUUGAUAGUAAAUCUGUUAAAUCAGCUAAUCUUGGAAAUUUGGAACACUUAAUCAUUACUGUAAAUAUUGUUCAUUCUAAACGAGGAGAUUUAGAGGUAUUCAUUAUUAGCCCUAAUGGUGUUACUUCAAGACUUGCAUCUAGACGUGUAUAUGAUUUUAAUAGUGUUGGAAUACUUAAUUGGAAUUUUGUGUCAGUAAAACACUGGGGAGAAAGUUUUUUAGGUAAUUGGACUAUUCGAGUUAAUGAUAAAAAUAAUCCGAAUGUUGAUGGGAGUUUUAUGGAUUGGCAGAUUCAUUUGUGGGGUGAGGCAAUUGAUCCAAAGAAAGCUAAGCCUAUUCCAUAUCCUGUCGUAUUUACUAGUAACAAAACUUCUAAUCAAACUUCUGCAACUUCGACAUCUAGACCUACAGCUACUUCUAGCUCUACUUCAAAGACAACCAGUGCGACUGCUACAAAAACAUCUGCUACUGAGACUACACCUACUAGUGGUACUGAACAUCCUACUAGUCCCGAUAAAACAAAAACACAAAAAGGAUCUUGGGGGAGAAAAGCUUGGCUAUAUUUUAUUGUUACUUUUCUUAUUCUUGCUUUUAUUUCAGCUUUAUGUUAUAUUUACUUCCAACGACGCUCUAGAAUAAAGCAAUCGUUAAUUGAAGAAAGCUAUGAAUUUGAAGUUCUUAGAGAUGAUGAAGAAGAUAUAAAUUAUUUAUUUCAAGAUUCUGAAAAAGCAAAAAUAUUACAAGAAAAUCCUGAGAUAUAUACUGCAUUUGAUAUUCAUGAUGAUUUUGACAGUGCAUCUACCAGUUUUAGAAGGGAAUAA